UCAGCCCCGCGCCGCUGUCUGUGUGAGCCGGCCCGUCCGCGCUGCCCAUCUCCAUCACCUCGUCAUGUUCCGCCGAGCCCGCCUCGCAGUGCGGCCCAACGUGCGGCCCGCAGGGAAGGCUGCGGCCGGGGCGGCGGACACGGAGCCGCAGGGCUCCUCCACGGCUCCUAAGGAUGAGGCUGCGGCGGCCGACAGCCUCCCGGCCGAGCACCGGGCCCACAGUGAUGAGAAGACUGACAGCUCAAGUGGUGCUGGAGAAGCUAGUAAACCUACAGACAUGCCCACGCAGAGAAGAAAACGAAUUUCCACUAUGCCCAAUCUUGUCAAACCCAGAGCUGGGCCUUCAUCUGAUCUGCAUACUGCAUCAAAACCACAACGGCGAGCAUCACAGGCUCCUGAUGGCAGUGCUUCCUUUCAGAAGGAUUCUCCCCCAUCAGAGAGAAGUCAUGUUGAAAGUUCUUCAAAGUCUCCCAUGCUACGUGAAAAGAAAACACCUGUGCCACAAGUGCCACAGUUUUCCCCACUAAAAAAAUCAAUGAACAAAGAGCAAACUGUUGCUGCUCAAAAAAAUGAUGAUACCUUAAAAAAUUUACCCUCCCCACUUAAGGAAAGACCAACACAGGAAACGUCAGUGGCACAGGAGGAAAAGCUACCUCCAAAACCAUCUCCUGUGAAAGAGAAACGAAUAUGUUCUGACCGUGAAAGGAUCCUCAAAGCUCGGAAGUUAAGAGAAAUGCUUAAAGAAGAGCUGAAGAAAGAGCGGAUGAAAGAGUUGAAACACAGGCCUCCAAUAAUUGAAGGAUGUUCUCCACCAGAUCGCUCUAAAAUGACCAUGAGAGACUUGAUAUACUACCUACCAGAAAACAAUCCAAUGAAGUCUUCGUUAGCAGAAGAGAAGAGGACAGAAAAGAGUUCUACUCUGGGUCAAAUGAAAGAACAGGAAGAGAAAAGUACUCCCGAUCAUGAAGAGGAAGAUGAGGAGGAGGCAGAGAAUGAGGAGGAAGGUCAGGAUGGUCCACUUCUAGUUCCUCGUGUGAAAGUAGCCGAAGAUGGUUCAAUUAUUCUGGAUGAAGAGAGUUUAACUGUAGAAGUUCUAAGAACAAAAGGUCCCUGUGUUGUAGAAGAAAAUGAUCCUAUUUUUGAACGUGGCUCUACAACUACAUAUUCCAGCUUCAGGAAAAGCUUUUAUACCAAACCAUGGUCAAAUAAAGAAACAGACAUGUUCUUUUUAGCUAUCAGUAUGGUUGGAACGGACUUCUCCUUGAUUGGACAAUUGUUUCCUCACAGAGCCAGAGCAGAAAUUAAGAACAAGUUCAAACGUGAGGAAAAAGCAAAUGGAUGGCGGAUAGACAAGGCUUUCAAAGAAAAGCGGCCCUUUGAUUUUGAAUUGUUCGCCCAGCUUCUUGAGAAGGUCUUGGCAGAUGAGGAAAAGAGGAGGCAGAAGACUGUGAAGAGCCAGAAGCCAAAGGAAAAGAAGCCACCGAGGCCUAGGAAGAAGCCUAAAGCAAAAGCUGCCAACACAGAAACCACUGAUAAUCAAGAUGAUCUUCAGGAAGCAAGAAUUUCUGACACAGAAACAGAAGCAGAUACUGUGACAGCUGAGAAGGAGAAUAAGGAAUCGCUGGGUGUUUCGGAAGAGGCAGAAGAACAAGUUUCACUAGAGGCAGCGUUAGUAAAUAAAAAAAGAAAAAGGAAGAAAAAAGAUGAUCUUGAACAGGAAGUGGAAAAUCAUCCGGAAGAGUUGGCUGUCCCUUCAAAAACUGCUGAGGAAGGAAAAUCAUCUAAGAAAACAGGAAAAAAAAUGGUCAAUGAACCCGACGCUGCUGAUCAUACUGUCUGCAGGGAAGAACUGGGCAGCGUUACUGAAGAAGAACAAGAUGAUCUGCCUGCUAUAGAGGAGGAGAGAUCAGUGUCCUUUAGAUCGAUGGAUGAUGUAACAGAGAGAGAAAGUGAUGUCAAUUUAGGCAGCUCUCAAGAUAGCAAUGAUGUAAAACUAGUAAUGGAACCUACCAAAGAGGGGAGCCUAGAUGUCACAGGUGAUACAUCACAAGAAAUUCAGCUUUCAGAGUGUCCAGUUUCAAGAACUAGAAGCAAAGAAAGUCAGCUUGAAGAAGCUAGAGAAACAACGAAUGUAGACGCACAUGGUUUACAUAAACCAGAGGAAAAGCAGAAUGCAUCAGAAAGUGAUUCUCAGUCUCAAAUAACGAAAACUGAAAAGCCAGCAGAGAGGAGGCGCUUGCAGAAACCUAAACCCAAUAUAAUGAAGUUAUCUGGUAGGAAAGAAGCAGUAAACCAUGAGAAAAUGGAAGCUGAGACUCCCUCUCCAAAACUUGUGAACACUACUGAAAAGUGCUCUGAGGAAGACAGUGGAAGAAACAGAAGUACAAUCGCAGAAGCAGAAAGCAUGGAUUUGGAUACUAAAUCUGAGGAGCCUGAGAAAACUGUGCUUGCAGUACCAAGAAUUAGAGGAAAUCGACAGAGGUUUAAGCCUAAUCUUACAAGGGCAUCUGGAAGGAAAGAGCAUGAAAACAACACAGAAAAUGAUAAAAUGUCCCAUCCAGAGUCUAAGGAAGAAACUGAAAAGAGUACUGACCAAAGCAAUAAGUUUGAUGUUAACAGUGGAGAAGCUGUGGAAAAAGAUGAUAAAGUCUUGGAGAUGGUGUCUCAGUCUAAUGACAUGGCUGGUUCACAAGAAGGCAGCAAAGAGAGUGUGCUGAAACCAGCACCUUUAAAAAGAGGCCGAGUGCAGAAACCAAAACCAAAUCUAGAAAGAACUGUUGCAUGGAGAAAAGACCAUGGACAUGAAAAAGAUCCUGAAGAGGAGAAAGCUGAAGGUGGAGAAGCAGAAGGACAUGUGUUACACCAUGUGAAUGAAGGCAAUGAUUCAUGCCACAAAAAUGAUACGGCUGAUGCUCCCAAGGAAAGUCCGCAGAAACUAAAAGCUGUUGAAAAUGAAAAAGCGUCUUCAGAUGUCUUGAAAGAUGCUUCAGAUUUCAGUACAGGGGAGUCUGGUCCUGAGAUCCAAGAAGACAAAACUGUUACUUCAUCAGUUCGGUUACUGAGGAGUCGAUUCCAUAGGCCAAAGCCAAAUUUCAGAACAACAAGUAGAAAGGAAGAGAUGAAUGUAAAUAAAGGUGUAUCACAGGAGGAUGCCAACAAGAAAGAAAGUUUGAUGCAGAGUAGUGAUGAAUCUUGCAUCCCUCCAGAUACAGAUAAAGCAGAAAACUGUGAAAACUGUGAAGUCCUGCAAUCACUGGAAUCCUUAGGAAAGGCAGAGUCAGUUGGCCCAAAGGAUGUUUCUGAAAGUUCAAGUUUUAAGUCCCCAGACACACUUUCUGGAUCAGAGUGUGGCAAAGUGGAGGCUUGUCUACCUGUAGAUAACCCAAAUGAGACCUCAAGUACUAAUGCUGGCAUCGAUAGAAAAAUCACAGCUCAGGGUGAAAGUAAACAAACACCUCUUCAACCUGUCCAGUUAGUGAGGGGUGGAUUCCAGAAGUACAAGCCCAACUUGGGAAGAGGUGUUAGAAGGAAAGAAUUACAAACACCAGAAAAUAAUGAAGAUAAAAAAUCUGAAGCAGAUGAGUUGGAGGUGCAUCAAACUGAGUCUGCUCAUCAAGUGUCAGCCAUCGGUAAAAAUGAAGCUGAAUUGCAUGAAGGAAAUGUAUUGAGCAAUGAGGAACAGGCACAGGAAGAGGUACCUCAGGUGCCCUGUAUUUCUGAAAACCUAUUGGGUGAACAAAGCAGGUCCAACAUAAAAUUAAGUUCUGGAGAAGAGAGUAAUCAGUGUGAUACAAAACCUUCACAGCAAGCAAGGGUGUCCCUCAGGAACCCAAAGCCAAACCUAGCAAGAGCUCACAGAAAAAGGGGUCAUUCUGAAGAAGACAGAAACAGAAGAGAUGAAGAUGAUGCUGAGACUAGAAAUACUGAAGAGCAUUUGUUAGAAAAAACAGUGCAAAACUCCAGUAACACAGAAGAAGCAGCUUCCUUCACAGAGUCUACAAGAAAACAUGAUUUUACAGACUCUGAGAAGCCGUCCUGUAAAAGAAUCAGGCAGAAUAAUAGUUUACAGUCUCCAGAGAUAUCAUUAGAGAAUAAGAGUCAAGUGGAACAAGAAGAGUCUCAGCUUUCUGCACCUCAGCAAAAAAAGUCAGAUGAUCAAACAAGAAGACAACCUAGGAGGUCAUCAAAACAGAUAGCACUACCCAAACAGAGAUUGGAGCUAAGAACUGAUUCAUCUUCUGCUUCUGAAUGUGAGGCCAGUUACUGUGAGAAGGGGAAUCAAAGACAAGAAGUGAAAUCAAGUGUUACUAGAGGCAAAAGCAUGAAAACUGCCCACAGAAAGAAACCUGUGAAGGAGCAGAGAAGUUCAAAAACAAGCAGCCUGGUGACCCUCCGGGCUUCUCAAGAAGAAGAGGAGGAAGCAGAUGACUUUGAGCCUGAUGAUGAAGAUGAAUGUUUUGCUGAAGAGGAAGUAAACAAAGCACCAGUGUUUGUUCCUGUAGGUCUUAGAUCUCCUAAACCUAUUCCUGUUCAGAUAGAGGAGACGAUGGAAGAGCUGGAUAUAUCUCUGAAUAUCCCAGUGGUGCCAGUGGCUACUGAUGUAGAAGGUCUUUCUCAUGUGUCUUUCCAGCCAGUCAUACAGAAGGAGGAAGAAGGAAACACCUUACCAGCUGAAGCAACUGAGCAUGAAAAUCCAGAAGUGGACAAAGGAAUUAGUGAUGGAAGCACUGAAGCUGCCAUGACUUUACUUGCAAUGGGUGACCCAACGUUCCAGUUAAAAGCAAGCAGUGAAGAAUGGACACGUAUGUCACCUGCGCAAGAUGAGAUGAAUGUGGCCAAUAGCCUUGUGAGCCACAAUGAGUCAGAGCCAAACAGACCUCCUAAUCAGUAUGUAGUUUCUUCAGCUACUUCUGCCAAGGUGCCUUGCAAGGAUGGAAGCAGCGUUAAUGUGGAGGAUGGAAGCACUUGUGCAGGAACAGGCGCUGAAGAAUAUUUCAAGAGAAAUGCAACAGAUGCCAGCAGUGGUUCUCUGCCUUUGGUGAAUAGUGAGAGACCGAGAAGUCCCCAGAAGUCAGAUCCAAACAGCGGAGUACUGAAGUCUAAUGAAAGUGUAAUUCAGAAGCCUCUUAGUAUGAAUGUAGUUAUGGAACAGCUCAACAGUGUUCAAAGUGAGUCUAUGGACUCGAGAGGUAGUACGGAAGUGCAAGAGGCAGAACAGGUCAGGGCCGGACCAACUUCAGGGGAUGCUUCAAUCCUUCAGAAUUUUGGAACUAGUAUGGAACUUGUCAAGCAAAUGGACAACAAAGGGAGCUAUACAUCUUACAGAACACAGAAAGAGAUGAAGGAUGUUUGUGGAACUUCUGGGCACUUGUCACCAGAAUGUGUGGAAUCUCAUCUUGGGCCACAGGACUAUCUGGAUGGAAGUUCUUUGGACAGAGCUGUGCAAAAUCCUUGCCCUGCCAAGGACAGUCAAUGUACAGUCAGCUUAGCUCAGAAUGAAACGAAUGCUAAGGAUUGUCAGCAGCAACAUAUAAGCAGCAUGGAAGAGACUUCAGUGAAUGAUGAUCGUAGAUGUCCAGAGGAAGAAGAACAGACAUUCAUUUUAACAUUGGUGGAAAUCCUUGCUGACUCAGGAGGGUUCGAUACAUCUGCUUUGCAGGAACAGACUUCAGAACCAUUACUACCAGCACCAAUACUUAUCAGCCCAGUGAAAUCUAGUGGAACCAGCUUGACUGAAGUGGGGAGAAACAGCAUUGGAUCCUCAACAACUGCAGCUGAUGAACUUGGUGAAUGUUCAAACAGCAGUACGGAAACCAAACAACAACAGAUUGUUUCAGUAGAGCCUGUUCUAACUUUGGUGCAGACAGCUCAAAAAAGGUCAGCUGCUGAGCCUGCAGAGAGCGAUAUUCCUCCUGUCAAGAGAACCAUAUCUACUGUAGCGGACAGUAACGUGGAAGGCCCUUGUCAGGGGUAUUCAAGUAAAUCCACAGAUACUCAAACAAGAACUUCUGGCAAUCCUUUCCAAAAAAAAGGGGCUUCAACAAAUAAAAAUGUUCCUACUGCUGCCCUGCUGUCUGAGCCUGUUUCAACGCAAGAUGAGAGAAGCCAGUGUGAAACUUCAGAGAAUUCAGGGAAAGCAUUGUUUCACAAUUCAGCAUCCAGUCAAGAGGAGGUGAUGUGCAGGUUAACCUCCAGCAGAAAAACAGAAAUAAGUGAACAAGGAGAACUGGGAGAUAAACACGAAGCAGCACAGUUGGAAUGUACUGAAAGCCAAACAGAAUCUUCAAAAACUCCAUUACUCAGAAAAAGUAGUUCUGAAUUUGCAGAAGAACUGCAAAGGAAGAGAGGAGAGAUCCCAAACCCACAGACUGGGACCACAAAGCAAAGUCUGAAAGAAACAACUCCAUCUAAUAAGGAUGACAGGGAAUCUUGUUCCUUUCCCUCUAGAAGCACAUCAUCAUUUGUGCAGUAUGACAACAUAGCUGCUGAUGCUGUAGUUGUGGCUCCACAUAAUGAACCAUCUGAUAAACCUCCUCAUCGUGAUGAAGAUCGAGAGAAGGAAGAGGAGCCAACCAAAAUCUCAGAGUAUUUUUUCAGUGACAUCUUUAUGGAAGUAGAUGACCCAGAAUAGCAAAAUAGGCUUUAUAGAAAUGGUGGGAUCUUAGUGCAACUAAAUUAAAAGCUAUUAUUUUUUAGGAAAACAUUGUUUGUUUUAAUAUUAACUAUGCCAAAUUUAGCAUCAGUUACUGUUAGUAACUUCCAUCAGGAUGGAAUCAUUUUCUUCUAAAUGGAUGUUUUCAAAACGUUGACAUAAGCUAAACAACUACGUUGGUGUCAUUGGACCAGAACAGUGGCUGCAGGAUUAAUUUUCACUUGUUUGGAUUUUGAUAAUAAGUGCACAUUGUCUUCCAGAAAAGUGCAAUGCAAAAAAAUGCUUAUUCUUGUGACGAGCUGCUCCUUUGGAUUUAAUGCUGAAGACUGCGGUACUGAUUGUACAAGUUCUUUACUUCUUUUUGUGAAGUAUGCUGUAUUAGUAUGCUAUGAGGAAAAAAAUGAACCUUUUAUUUGCAGUGUAAUCUCUGUAGAUCAGGCUGCAAACAAGGAAAGUACCAUCAUAAAUGCAUAGUUCUGUUCAGCACUGCGGGUAUUUUUAUUAGCAUCUCCAAAUAUGUAUUUUUAUAUUUAAGAAGACUUGCAUAAGCUAAAAGACCCUAGCCUGAAAAGCCCAAUGACUUUAGCUCCUUUAAAAUGUACAGAGGAAAAACCUGAAUAGCAUUUCAUUUAUACAAUGAUAAUCCUUGGAACUGUCCCAUUGGAGUGAGAGGAAGAGGUUGAUGUUUCUCAGUAUAAAUGCCAGUUUCCUUCUGUUGUGAUUAGCAGGAAACUAAGCACCAGACAAAGUGGGAUGAAGGAGAACAGAAGUUGUGGGUUGAGAUAAAAACUAUUUACUAAGACAGAAAAGGAGAAUGAAGGCAAACGUGCGAUAACAUCAACAUCUCUACAGUGCAACUACUUCUCGCUCACCGACCAACACCCAGCUAACAAUACAGCUGCCUGCUGACUGAUGCCCUGCUACCAACUCAAGGUCUCACUACGUGCCAACUGCAAGCAGCAGCCCCUCCCCACAUCUUUACAGCCUUCUGCAUAACGCCGUGUGGUGUGGAAUAAACCCCCUUGCUUCGUUCAGACCAGCUGUCCCAGCUCCAUCCCAUGUGGUGGCUCUUCAUGACUGAGCUCCGAGAUUGCAAACAUCACUCAGCAAGAACCAAAUAUGUGCUGUCAAUAUUGUCUCAGCUGGAACCAGGACAAAUCCUAAAUCUGAAAACAAAGGGGUUAGAUGCUGCUGCUGCUUCUUUCUACAUGUAGGUGUAUGUGUCUGCAGUGGUGCCCUUUGUUGCACUUAUUCAAAGCAGCGCAAACAACUGACUCUAACCCACAGUGAGGUUGCUUUAAGGAUUUGCUACUUGGAGGCGGUUGUAUUUGAACCAUUUUCCUCAUGUUCCAGGUUUACUUGUACUGAAACUCACCGUAAAAUGUUGGUGCAGCUUUAGAUUUUAGCUUGUUCCCUUGUAGGAAAAUUGUCUUGUUGAAAUAGGAAAGUUCUUUUGAGUUCUUAUAGGUGGCCACUGAGAGGUCAAGUAAUUCUUAGAUGUUACUACACAAAAAUGAGCAUGUAGGUAUAAGUAAUCCAACUAUUUCUCCUGGUAAUUAAUAACAGCAAUUAAUUUUGCGAAAGAAAUUGUUAUGAAAGAGAAAUUUGGAAUUGUAUUGUGCUCUGCAGAAACUCGUCUUCAUGUUGGGGCUGGGUAAUAAUUUAUUUGCAAAUGUUCACAUGUAGUUAUGUACUGAAUUUUGAAAUUCUUCAUGAAGUUUGAGAAUGUUUAGCAGUGCUUAUGAAUGGACAUUUAAAACUUUGUCAACAAGGAAGAAUACAUAGGAAAAACUACUGCUAUUGCAAGUUGUAUUAGGAGACCUCUGUCAGCCACACCGCCCAGAGAGGCUGUGGAUGCCCCAUCCAUCCCUGGAGGUGUUCAAAGCCAGGUUGGAUGGGGCCCUGGGCAGCCUGGGCUGGUGUUAAAGUGGAGGUUGGUGGCCCUGCUUGCGUUAGGGGGUGGGGAGUGAUCCACCACCACCAGUUCCUGUUGGGAAAUGUCAGAUCUUUUGUUCUGCCUAGCACAUUUAACUUGAAAUGUGUGCGUGUUGUCUUACUUGUAAGCAUUAGGAAAUAGAUGAGUGUAUACAUGCAGUUUGGUGUAUAUCUUGUAGAUAUUUCAUUUUGUUGUCUUAGCUCUGAACACACGUGGCAUGUUUCAAUCCCUUUUGCACUGACAUAGCCUAAGAAUACAUUUCUGGGGAUCUGGCUAUGAAACAAUUGCCGUAAGUAUUUUUCCAAAGUGAUAACCAUUGUGCAUUUCAUUGCAUACACUUUGGCUUGCCUUUUGUAUCACACGUUACCAAGUAAUUGUUUCAUUACUAAGAUUUAAGGUGCCUUACCUAUGUUGUUAAUGGAGGCUAUGCUUUUCGUUCCCUGCAGUAAACGUUUGCACUUUGUUUCAAAGAACAAUCUGAAUAGAGACAGAGAGGGUUAUGUUUGUCCUGUGAGGGUGGAUGUUUGGCAAUGGGAUCUCAACGGGACUCCUGCCUGGAGGUGCCUGCCGCCUGUAUAAUCGCCCACAUGCUUUCUGUUUCAAAGGAAGUUGUCGUUGUCCUGUAUGUGUAAAUUAUGUAAAUAAAUUAUUUUAUAUUA